AUGGUAUUCUUAAAAAUGGCUGAUGUGAUCCUUCUUGUCACGUGUUCUAUCAGGGAGAAGGCUGAGCAGACCAUUUGGAACCGUUUACGUCAGCUGAAAGCCCUGAAGACAAAGCGACCACGCUCCCGGGUGCCUCUGAGGAUUGGGAUUCUAGGCUGCAUGGCUGAGAGACUGAAGGGAGAGAUCCUCAACAGGGAGAAAAUGGUGGAUCUCCUGGCUGGUCCAGAUGCCUAUCGAGACCUCCCCCGACUGUUGGCUGUUGUGGAGUCAGGUCAGCAGGCAGCAAACGUGCUUCUCUCUCUGGAUGAGACCUAUGCAGAUAUAAUGCCAGUCCAAACGAGUCCCAGUGCCACUUCUGCCUUUGUAUCAAUCAUGCGUGGCUGUGACAACAUGUGCAGUUACUGUAUCGUUCCUUUCACUCGUGGCCGGGAGAGGAGUCGGCCUGUUGCCUCCAUUCUAGAUGAAGUGAGGAAACUAUCUGAGCAGGGGGUAAAAGAAGUGACACUUCUUGGCCAGAAUGUUAACAGUUUUCGGGACAAUUCGGAGGUCCAGUUCAAUAAUGCAGUGUCUACCAACCUCAGUCGUGGUUUUACUACCAACUAUAAAACCAAACAAGGGGGGCUUCGUUUUUCUCAUCUCCUGGAUCAGGUUUCAAGAAUAGACCCUGAAAUGCGGAUCCGUUUCACCUCUCCCCACCCCAAGGAUUUUCCUGAUGAGGUUUUGCAGCUAAUUCAGGAGAGACACAACAUCUGUAAGCAGAUCCACCUGCCGGCCCAGAGCGGAAGCAACCGUGUACUGGAUGCCAUGCGGAGAGGAUAUUCAAGGGAAGCUUAUGUGGCAUUGGUUCAUCAUAUCAGAGACUGUAUCCCAGGUGUGAGCCUCAGCAGCGACUUCAUCACUGGCUUCUGUGGAGAGACAGAGGAUGAUCACCUGCAGACAGUGUCUUUACUUCGAGAAGUCCAGUAUAAUACUGGUUUUCUCUUUGCUUACAGCAUGAGGCAGAAAACACGAGCAUAUCAUAGGCUGAAGGACGAUGUUCCAGAAGAAGUAAAAUUAAGACGUUUGGAGGAACUUAUUACUGUCUUCAGAGAAGAGGCUUCAAAAGCCAAUGAGACCUCAGUGGGCCACACCCAGCUGGUAUUGGUUGAGGGGUUCAGCAAACGUUCUUCCACAGACUUGUGUGGCCGGAAUGAUGCAAACCUUAAGGUGGUCUUCCCUGAUGCGGAGGUGGAGGAUGUCACUAACUCUGGGCAGAAGGUCAGAGCUCAGCCUGGGGACUAUGUGCUGGUGAAGAUCACCUCUGCCAGUUCUCAGACUCUCAAAGGACACGUUCUCUGCAGGACCACCAUGAAAGACUCAUCAGUGUAUUGCUUGACAUGAGUGGGUGACUCAAGGGUAGACUUGGACAGUUUUUCCUCAUGCUUUGGAGGCAAGACAAUAAGUCAUGAAGCGCCUUUGUACCAAAUGGAAGAGUACAUUUCCUUGUCACUUGAACAGAUUUUACAACAAUAAAUUUCAUAAA